AGUCCCGCUUCGCUCUCGGGGGCGGACUCAGCGGCGGAAGUGGCGCUGCCGGAAGAUCUUUUUCCGCUCUGAGGCGCUACUGAGGCCGCGGAGCCGGACUGCGGUUGGGGCGGGAAGAGCCGGGGCCGUGGCUGACAUGGAGCAGGGUUCCUGAGAGCCUGAUGCUGGCACAGGAUGGUAAGGGAUUGGCCCUGCCGUUGAGGCCCCGCCCUCCCCACCCUGAGGUGGGGGCCCACCAGGAUGAGCAAGCUGCCCGGGGAGCUGACCCGAGACUUGGAGCGCAGCCUGCCUGCCGUGGCCUCCCUGGGCUCCUCGCUGUCCCACAGCCAGAGCCUCUCCUCGCACCUCCUUCUGCCGCCUGAGAAGCGAAGGGCCAUCUCUGAUGUCCGCCGCACCUUCUGUCUCUUCGUCACCUUCGACCUGCUCUUCAUCUCCCUGCUCUGGAUCAUCGAACUGAAUACCAACACAGGCAUCCGUAAGAACUUGGAGCAGGAGAUCAUCCAGUACAACUUUAAAACUUCCUUCUUUGACAUCUUCGUCCUGGCCUUCUUCCGCUUCUCUGGACUGCUCCUGGGCUAUGCCGUGCUGCGGCUCCAGCACUGGUGGGUGAUUGCGGUCACGACGCUGGUGUCCAGUGCAUUCCUCAUUGUCAAGGUCAUCCUCUCUGAGCUGCUCAGCAAAGGGGCAUUUGGCUACUUGCUCCCCAUCGUCUCCUUUGUCCUCGCCUGGUUGGAGACCUGGUUCCUUGACUUCAAAGUCCUACCCCAGGAAGCCGAAGAGGAGCGAUGGUAUCUUGCCGCCCAGGCUGCUGUUGCCCGUGGACCCCUGCUGUUCUCCGGUGCUCUGUCCGAGGGACAGUUCUAUUCACCCCCAGAAUCCUUUGCAGGGUCUGACAAUGAAUCAGAUGAAGAAGUUGCUGGGAAGAAAAGUUUCUCUGCUCAGGAGUGGGAGUACGUCCGCCAGGGGAAGGAGGCCACAGCAGUGGUGGACCAGAUCUUGGCCCAGGAAGAGAACUGGAAGUUUGAGAAGAAUAAUCCCACCCCCUGCCUCCACUCUCCUCCCUGCCACCUUCUGUCCCUGCCACAGGAAUAUGGGGACACCGUGUACACCAUUGAAGUUCCCUUUCACGGCAAGACGUUUAUCCUGAAGACCUUCCUGCCCUGUCCUGCGGAGCUCGUGUACCAGGAGGUGAUCCUGCAGCCCGAGAGGAUGGUGCUGUGGAACAAGACAGUGACUGCCUGCCAGAUCCUGCAGCGAGUGGAAGACAACACCCUCAUCUCCUAUGACGUGUCUGCAGGGGCUGCGGGUGGCGUGGUCUCUCCAAGGGACUUCGUGAAUGUCCGGCGCAUUGAGCGGCGCAGGGACCGAUACUUGUCAUCAGGGAUCGCCACCGCACACAGUGCCAAGCCCCCAACGCACAAAUAUGUCCGGGGAGAGAAUGGCCCUGGGGGCUUCAUCGUGCUCAAGUCGGCCAGUAACCCCCGUGUCUGCACCUUUGUCUGGAUUCUUAAUACAGAUCUCAAGGUGGGGUGCUGGGGGGCUGCCAGGGCCGUCUGCCCCGGUACCUCAUCCACCAGAGCCUCGCGGCCACCAUGUUUGAAUUUGCCUUUCACCUGCGACAGCGCAUCAGCGAGCUGGGAGCCCGGGUGUGACUGUGCCCCCUCCCACCCUGCGGGCCAGGGUCCUGUCGCCACUACUUCCAGAGCCAGAAAGGGUGCCAGCUGGGCUUGCGCUGCCCACAUGGGACCUGGCCCCAGGCUGUCACCCUCCACUGAGCCACGCCGUGCCUGGAGUCGACUGUCUGAGCAGGCUGUGGGGUGGAGCACUGGACUCCGGGGCCCCGCUGGCUGGAGGAAGUGGGGUCUGGCCUGUUGAUGUUUACAUGGCGCCCUGCCUCCUGGAGAAGCAGAUUGCUCUCCCCCGCCUUGCCAGGGCAGGGUCUGGGCUGGGCACCUGACUUGGCUGGGGAGGACCAGUGCCCUGGGCAGGGCAGGGCCGCCUGUCACCCGUGUGAAGAUGAAGGGGCUCUUCAUCUGCCUGCGCUCUCGUCGGGUUUUUUAGGAUUAUUGAAAGAGUCUGGGACCCUUGUUGGGGAGUGGGUGGCAGGUGGGGGUGGGCUGCUGGCCGUGAAUCUCUGCCUCUCCCAGGCUGUCCCCCUCCUCCCAGGGCCUCCUGGAGGACCUUUGUAUUAAGCCAAUUAAAAACAUGAACUAAAAAAAAAAAAAA